ACACGGAACUGUGGACAGAGGACGCUCUGCGCUGUAGGAUCCCCGCGCGCGCGUGAGUCGCGUCCAGCGUCACGGGGACGGAGGGGAUCCGGCACGCCGCGCGCGCGGUGCAGCCUCUGGAGUAAACAGCGCGAGAGAUGAGCAGCUUCCUGCUGGAUUCUACACCUCUAACCGAGCAGGUUCAUGGAAAAUGCUGCUGUAUGUAUUUGGCUGUGGAUGUAAGACAGAAGGUCUUGAAUGAUUUGUGUUGAAUUUAUCCUUUGCACUAAACACUUGACCCUGUUCUCGUCCUCCACAAAGAACAGCCUGCAAUAACCAUGGCAACUGCAGCAUCCCAGGGGUUAUUUCAGCUGUAGAGAACCAUGGUGAAGAAGUAGAUUGGACUCUUCAGGCAUGGACUGACUGACCCUGCUUUCAAUGGAUUUCACCACCAUGUCCUUGUGUAACACUAGCACUCUGGAAGGAUGUGACCUUCUGAGGCCGAUGAACGACGAGCUGCCGGAGGCUGAGACCGCUCUCAUGCCUGCCAUACUCAGGGUGGCCCUGGCUGCCAUCAUGAUAUUCAUGAUCACUAUCGGGUUCCUGGGGAAUUCCAUCGUGUGCCUGAUUGUUUAUCAGAAGCCAGCGAUGCGUUCAGCCAUCAACCUGCUUCUUGCCACGCUGGCCUUCUCGGACAUCAUGCUCUCGCUGCUGUGCAUGCCUUUCACUGCUGUCACUUUGGCAGCCACUGACUGGAGCUUUGGACCGGCGUUCUGCAGAGCCUCGGUCAUGCUCUACUGGCUCUUUGUCCUGGAGGGCGUGUCCAUCUUGCUCAUAAUCAGCGUGGACCGAUUUUUAAUCAUCGUGCAGAGGCAGGACAAGCUAACGCCACACCGGGCCAAAAUUCUGAUCGCAGCGUCGUGGGCGCUGUCCUUCUGUGUGUCUCUCCCAUCUGUGGUGGGCUGGAGGACAGCAGGCAUGGCAGAGCGGGCGGCACCCCAGUGCAUCCUGGGAUACAGUGACUCACUGGCUGACCGGGGAUACACUGUGCUGCUAGCAGUGUCUGUUUUCUUUGUGCCGUUUAGCGUAAUGUUGUACUCGUACCUGUGCAUUCUCAACACAGUGCGGAGAAACGCGCUACGCAUUCACAACCACGUCUCUGAAGGCAGCGUUGGGAUCAACCACGUCAGCAAGCUGGGUCUGACAGGUCUGCAGCGCCCACCACAGGUAAACGUGGACAUGAGCUUCAAGACCAGAGCCUUCACCACUAUCCUCAUACUGUUCAUCGGGUUCUCUGUUUGCUGGCUGCCUCAUACAGUGGUGAGCUUGCUUGCAGUCUUCAGCCGCCAGUUCUACUUCAGUCCAGUGUUUUAUCCAGUUAGUGUGGGAGCUCUUUGGCUUAGUUACCUGAAAGCCGUCUUCAACCCUGUCAUCUACUGCUGGAGGAUCCGCAAGUUCCGCGAGGCCUGCUUGGACUUCAUGCCCAAGACCUGCAGGCUUUUCCCCAAGGUCCCGGGUCGAAGUCACAGGCGGAUAAAACCCAGCAAUAUUUAUGUGUGUAGCAGUGAGACCCAGUCUUCAGUGUAGGACGUGUAAGAAACUUCAGAGACCUUUAAAGUAUAUGUGGGUCACAAACAACAAACAAACAACUGUUGGCACAUAAAAUCAUCUGCUAUAGUUUGGAUCUACACUAAAGAAAGAUGCAUACAAUUUAUUCACCUGAUAUUUAUUAAUGAAUACUAUAAAAUAAUAUAAACCAUUUGUUUCUAAGCAAUUAUAUUAUUUUUUUAUUUGUUUAGUGUGUUUAAUUAGCAUGAAUCUAGGCAGCAUAAAUGGUUUAACAGUGAAUACAUACUUUUUAUGCACACACACACAUCUGUAUUGUAACUGUUAUAGACUUUAUUUCAAAAGCAUUUAUACUGGUCUCUUCAUCAUGACGAUUAGACCAAACAUAAUUACCAAAUCCUGAAUACUUCAAAAAGUAAUAAUACAACAAAAAUUUAUAUAAUACAGUUUUAUCUUUCAUUCCAUUAGCAUUGUUUGUAAUGUUGGUGCUGUGACGAUCAGCCAUAACAUUAAACCCACUUACCUAAUAUCUGUCCCUUUCAUGCCAACAAUACAGCACUGACCAUCAUUGAACAUCAGUGAGAUGGCCCCAUGUUGGUCACAAACAAAUAAAAUCAUUUACUAGAUGGACUACACUAGAGAAUGAUGCACAUUCAAAUCAUUCACCUGAUAUUAAUUAAUUAAUACUAUAAAAUAAUUUAUAAGUAGUUGUUUUUAAGCAAGGUUAGUGUUUUAGAUUUGUUAAGUGUAUUUCAAUUACACUUAAUGUAUGGAUAUAGGCAGUAUAAACUGUUGAGCAGUAAAUCAUAUGAAUGCAACAAAUUAAAUAUGGGUAUUUUUAUUAUAUUUAUGUACACACACACACACACUCAUUUACACAUACACACACGUACACACAAACACACACACACACACGUUUUAUUCCAAAAGCAUUUCUACUGGUCUGUUCUUCAUGAAGUUUAGACACAAUGUAAUUGCUAAAACCCGCAUACUUAAAAAAGUAAUGAUACAGAAAAAUUAAGAUACAAAAGUUUUAUUUUUCAUUCCAUUAGUGUUGCUUGUAAAGUUAGCACAGUGAUGAUCAGCCAUAACUUUAAAACCACUUGACUAAUAUUGGUCCACUUUAUGUCAACAAUACACCACUAACCAUCACUGAACACCAGUGAAUCUUAAGCACCCUGACACUGUCAGUGUUUGACUUUUGGGAGAUACUGACAACUAUUCACUGGAAACACCCCACAGGCCCUGCCUGAUGUUUUGAAGAUGACGCUGUCAUCUGCUUUUCACAGUGUGGCCCUUGAGUCAGUUGUUUUAAUGUUGUGGUUGGUCUGUGUGUAGAAAUGUCAUGAUUUGUCAGUGUGCACCAUUUUUUCAGUGUGAUGGUGUCAAUUAUGGGAAAAUCAUAAUAAUGCUGCAAUGAUGGAAGUCGGUGCUGAAAUUGCUAAGAAAAAAAUUAAGCAGUCUGAAGUGACUGUAAUUGUUAUAUUAAGUUUUGUUUAUGUGACUUAUUGGAUGUCUGUUUUAUCUGGAAUUACUUUCUCUCUCUUUUAAAAAAUUAAUCCGGUGUAAAAAUGUAGGCCUACUUGGGGUUUAGUGAAAUAUGAUAACAAGUACAAACUUUUGUUGAAUAGCCCCAGCAUUCUGAAAUACAGCGCUUUUAGCAGAUGCUUUAAACAGGAUUACGAUGUCAGUGAUAGGGGCAUAGUGUUACCCAAGCAAAGAAAUCACUAUUUUAACACUUUUAAAGGCACCUGAAUAACAAGCUCUGUUCUCAGUGUUUUAUUUUAAACGUCAGUGCUCUCAGAAUUCUACCAAUAAAGUGUGGAGCUACUUUGAGCCUGUUAAUGAUAGCCCCUAUUGCUAGCAUUGUAAGCCUGUUGGGGGCUAAAAGUGCUGUAUUUCAGAGUACUGGGGGAGAAUGGAGGUGGGCUAUUCAACAAAAGUUUCACUACACCCCAGACUUCACCUUUAAUGUCUUCAAUGUCAGAGCUACUGCUUUUACUGUAUUAUUUUUAAUAAAUGCAAAUUUUCAAACAAUAACUGCUUGAAUUACCAGGUUUCACUUGUAACACCACUUAGCCUAUGUGAAUGGAAAUUCCCUGAAUAUAUGUGACUGUAUUUUUUUUUUUAACAUAACACCUUGUAAUCUGUACAUAAUCAGGAACAAUGUACAAUGUUGUAUUUUCCCAAUAAAUGAGGUAUGAACUGA